CCGAACCGAAACCAACCCGAUAUCCGGAUUGAACACCCGUAAUCCAAAUGAAGCCAAACUAUUGUUUCAUUCUCCAAAAUAUAAUAAAAAUAAUAAUUUAAUCCCGCGCAAGGCGCGGGUCUUAUCCUAGUUCUUAAUUAAUGAAAGAAAUUGCAAGUUGGUAGUCGUUGUUUAUCAUGGAAAUAUGGAACAACUUGUUCGUUAUUUUAACAUAUAUGUUUGCAUUUAUUCAACUCCACAGCUAUCAUUACCAAAUCCGUUUAUAAAAUGGGAGUAGUAUGUAAUGUAACAGCAUAAAUAUUCAUACACACUUGCACACAAGAGUUAUCAUCAUAACUUGUAAAGAAUGGUAGAGCUAGAAGAAAAAGAAGAGGAACUAGAAGAAGAUGAUGAUAUUAAUGAUGAACAAGAACUAGAAGAAGAAGAAGAUGAUGAUGACGAAGAAGAAGAAGAAGAAGAAGAAGAAAAAGAAGAAGAAGAAGAUAAUGAUGAUGAUGAUGAUGAUGGUGAUGAUGAUGAUGAUGAUGAUGAAGAAAAAGAAGAAGAAGAUAAUGAUGAUGAUGAUGAUGAUGAUGAUGAUGAUAAUGAAGAAGAAAUAGAGGUUUUGUGCAAGGUCAUAUGCCCUAGAUCUCAUCCAGAUCACCCUCACACCCUCUCUUUCCGAACCGGUAAAGCCAUUACCUGCUAUUCUUGCGGGAACCAAUCCGGCGUGUAUUACUACUGCACCACCUGUGAUGUGCGUUUUAAAAAGGAUUGUCCCUUUCAUUCCAACAAAAUAAGACACCCAUAUCAUCUCCAACAUCCUCUCACCUACAUUCGUCUAAACACUGAAUCUGAAAUCAACAACACUAUCCAAACUCAAUCCCCUUUCAUCUUUGAUGCAUGUAGUUGGUGUGGGAACAAACCUGACAUAUGGGUCUAUAGCUGUUAUAUUUGCAGCUUUUGCUUGUGCGUACCUUGCUCUAAAAAUACUCCACCUCUUACCAUAGCAAACCCAAAAAGCCAUCACCAUCCACUUCUCUUCCUCCCUCGACCACUCUUAGUUCCAUGUGAUGCUUGUGGAUUGGUUAGAGCAUCUGAAGCAAGUUAUACUUGUUUCCAAUGUAACUACAUGGUCCAUGAGAGUUGUAUGAGCUUACCACGCGUCAUCAAGCUCACACGCCAUUCACAUCGUCUUUCUUUUACCCCUUUUCUUCCACCCUCAGUUUUGUCGUGUGGAGUUUGUUACAGGGCAGUUGAUGUCAGAUUCGGACAAUAUUCAUGCGACCAUGAAGACUGCUUUUAUGUAGUUCAUUCCAAAUGUGCAACGCAUGAUGAAGUAUGGGAUGGAAGAGAGCUAGAGUGGGAACCAGAAAGCCAAGAAGAAGCUGAAGAUGAUGUUGCAUCGUUCAAGAAAGUAGGUGGUGAUCUGAUCAAAUACUUCAGCCAUGAUCAUCAUCUAAAGCUCGAAAACUACGACGGUGUAAGAGACGCCAAGAAGCAAUGUGAGGCAUGCAUCCUUCCUAUCGAUCCUCGUUGUUUCUACAGUUGUACGCAAUGUGAUUACUCUCUCCACGAGGUAUGUGCUGGUCUUCCACGAAAACUGGAUCAUCCAUUACAUAAACACUGCCUUGCCCUUGACCAUGCUCCUCUAGACGACUAUGACUACAUGAAUUGUUCAACAUGUUUUCGAACGUCCAGUGGUUUCAGGUACAAGUGCAUUGAAGGAGAAUGCAAGCUUCGAACAUGUCAUAUAGAUCUUCGAUGCAUUUUAAUCCCCGAGUGUACAUUCACCCACAAAAGUCAUGAACAUCCCCUCUUCAUCUCGGUAUCCUACGGUCUUGAAGGUGGGCCAAGAUGCUAUAUUUGUGGGAAAGGAUGUGCGAGAGCUAUUCUACGUUGUAGUAAAUGCGCGUUUACCAUGUGUUUCCGGUGUGCUACCAUUCCUACAGAGUUACACUACAAACACGAUCGUAAGCAUCAUCUCUCCCUUUGCUACGGGGAAGGCGUUGAUGAUGUUGGCAAAUACUGGUGUGAAAUAUGCGAGAUGGAAGUAGACUCGAAGAAAUGGUUUUACAUGUGCAACCAAUGUUGCAUCACAGUCCACCGUGAAUGCAUAUUUAAUUCCUCCAUUUAUAUGAAGUCUGGUUCUACCUUCGAUUGGAAUGGUUAUCUGGUGCGAACUGAUUCCACCAACAGUCCUACCCGACAGAUUUGCGCUAUAUGCGAGGAACGUUGCACGUUCUCUGUAUGCUACACACUCAUCCUCGAGGAAGGCUGGGAUGAUAAGGCUUUGUGUUCUUUCAGGUGUUUACGUGCUGCAAUGUGGAGAAUAUUCCCUGAAGACAUGUGAUCAGUUUGUUUUUAUUUAUUUUCUUUCAUACUUGUUGUAAUCUCACAGGUGGUGACAGAAUAAAAUUUCACUGCAUUUGUUGAUUAUCUCCAUCUUUUAAUCGAGUUUACAAGAAUGA